AUGUCACCCAAGGAAGUACGGCGAGGCAACCCGUCGAGGUCGCGAUCUGGAAGGCCAAAAGCCAAAGCAACAGCGGCUCCGGAGUCCUCUUCAUCUGAUAGCCCACCGAGCCCACCGAGCUCAGGCGAGGAGGCCACCGCCCCACCAGUUGCUACCACAAGUGCUCCAGCAGGGCCACCUCCCCCAGUGCCGGUCAACAGGCCAAGAGGCAGCGUUGGAUGUGUCACAAGCAAGCCCGCGGGGCCGCCCCCGCCGAAUCCGGCAUCCUGCACGUCUCUUCCGACAACACCGGUGCAGGCCUAUGCUGCCAUGGCUCCAGGGGGCUUACCAGCAGGUGCUCCACCAAGCACAGGGCCUAUCACUCCUGCAACGGGGGCUGUUCCCACGUUCCCAUCGCCUACUACGACCUUGCUGCCUCCUACGACCGCACCUCCAGCACCGAGUGUCAAUGCAGCGAUGGGAGUUUCGGGCAUACCAGCUGGACACGUGCAGCAGCAGCCUGCCACCAUCACGACCAAAGUGGCCGUCCUCAUGGCAGACUUCGACGACCUCGCGAAGGCUCCAGGUCAGCGGUAUCAGGUCUCUCGAGACGCCCACUCCGGUGUUCCUCUUGCCCACCACCGGGUUUGGAUCUCAGACUUGCUGCUGCAUCCCGUGAUCAGCCAACAUGCAGCACUUGUCCCGCUUACAGUGGGGACCGAAGUAGAGGUGAUCGACGGCCACAGACGGCACCUUGUCGGCCGCCGAGCGAUUGUGCUCCCUACCUUGGAGUGCGAUCGCAACACCACGCGGAAUGUGCGGAUGAUACAAGGCCCUCGAGAUGAACAACGACGUAUUUUUACGAUCGACAGGGAGCACCUUGUUCCCCGCCUGGGGUCGGAAGCCACACAAGCUUCCAUGUGUGAUGGAAUGGAGCCGAGUCUGAGGUGGAGAUGUGCACCCCCACCAUUAACCAUCUUCAGCGCACGCUACCUUCUCGGCUACCAGGCCCUGGAGACCAUGGUGCCCCCGGCGGCACCCAAACGGAGUCCAGCUGGCCACUAUAUCCAUCCCCCGCUGGAAGAUGCUUCGCUUGAGGCACCCUGGGAAAAACACGUUGACCCAGCUAGCGAUCGGCACUUCUACUACCACCCGGGGACAAAGCAGGUGACUUGGCGAAAACCACGGCCUGCCCUGGUCCUUCCGAGGGAAGAGGAGAUUGGGCCCACCAAGCCCAGGCGAGGCCGGUCUGGGAUACCACAGCCUCGCACUCCUAGUCCACCUCCUCCCAAGCGGGUGAGAAUGCAUCCCACCACUGAUGCUCAGCAGAGAACUACGAGCUCUGAGGCCCAGUCGUCAGCUUCUACCGCAGCCAAAGGGGCACCAACUACAGAGAGGAAGCCCGCUCCGGACUUUGAUCCUCAAUCCUCUGGUGGCCCUUCUGAGUGGAACCUGGCCGAUCAUGCUUUACCUGCCUCCCCAGACCGGGUACUACUCUGGGGAGCCAAAGCCAGGUCACAGCUACCACAACCGCCCAGUGCUCCUGCCUGUACUCUGGACGUGGAAAGAUUUCUGCAGAGCUUCUUCAGGACACGGCAAGGCCCAGAUGGCACAUCCCUUGCCACCUUACUUGGUGACCCAGCCCCGCAACCUGAUGGUUGGUGGCGUAUCCCGUGGACACCGCUGGGACCAUCGCACUGCGAGCUGCUGUGUCAGGAUGGUUGGCUACGUGGCUGGCACGGAUGCAAGAUGGAGGCACUAUACUCCAUCAUUUACCAUGGACAGCUUCUACCGAGCACCGAUGAGUCGAAGGGGGACAGGUUCCUGGCAGGCUGUCCAGGGGUGUAUUUGCAUCGAGACAGCCUGCAACACAAGGUGGAGAACUACAUGAGAUGGAUACCACUAUGUGGAGACGGUCUCUUUUGGGCUGCCAAGUGGGAGGUGGUGUAUGCUCCCUCGGGGAGCAAGAAGCAUGGCAAGCGCACUGAUCAGGUUAUACAAAGUGCUGAAUCGGUGGAGCUGGUGGCCCUCUGGCUCUCAGUGCGCUCCGAGAACAUGCUGCCUGACGGAACUGCUGUGCAGGCCAAAUGGACUCCAGCACGUGAGGCCAACCCACGCCUCACUCAGUUCAAGCGAAGAAGCAGUGCUCUGUUACAGACUAUGGACCUCACGGAACCGUCUGCCUCCUCCAGGCCUCUGCCCAGCUCCAGCCUGAGGUCUGACCCGGUGAUUGACAACAAAGGCCGACUCAAGCCGACGCCUAAAGCACGCGGUCGCUUGUCCCACAUCCCUUCUGAACUGGAGAAGGACCGAACGCCAGCACAAGCGAAGCUCACCAUACAGUCGGGCAAUCUGGUGCUUAAGUCGGCCACGGCAAAUAGCUCGGAGACUACGACUGCUCCGACCACCGUUUCGGCUGCUACCUCGGCCGUCCCGUCAGAUCUACCUCAACGAGGACCCAAACGGGCUCGACCUGACGCUUCCUCUCCGAAACCACGGAAGAUGCAGACAAGGCCCAAGCCGAGACGAUCGAUUUGGUUUGAUGUCACGGACAAUCCGGCUGACCAACCACUUUCGACCUCCUCAGCUGCAGCCAAAGGCCGCGGCACUGGGACGAUCAAGGCCGCCAAGCUCCAAGAUCGUGUCCGCAGAAGGAUGGCCAGGAAGAUGGAGGAAAUCUUCCAGGCCAAUAGAGCCGCUGGACUUCACACGGACUCAGCUGCCUCAUCCAGUGCUGCAUACAAGGAUCCAGCUUACUGCUCAUCAUGUCCACGUCUGCAUCAGCUUGGCCAGUCUUGCAAGAGGCAACACAUGCCCCCUUCACUUCGACCUGCCAUGCUCUUUGUCUUCGCUCUUCUAAGGUCUAGCCCACCGGCGGCUCUGCCAGACCAAGAUGACACAGGCGGGGAUCGAUUUACUGAGCGCUCGGAGUUGCAGACCUCUGCACCUAGGUUCGGGCAGCCACCUCGGCUCGUAUCUGCCGACAUGUCGGAUGCUCGACGGCAAGCCCGGAUCCUUGCAGGCCUUGAACGCCCCGUGUGCACAUCCACCACAAUGCCGGAUAUCCCGGGCACGUGGCUGGCCUAUCGUCUGGCGGUAUUGCCCUCCGUCGACUACGAAUCGAUCCAGUCAGACCCCUGGCACGACGACGCUACCGUCAAUCCCAAUGAGUACACAUUUGCCAGGAAGCGAUCCUACAAACGUGCCUUACGUCGUGCUGCACAGGACCAGGCCCAGCAUACGAUUUAUCGAGGUCGCGUCUGUACCCUGCAACAGCUUUGCAAAGGCUAUCGGGGCCAUCGACCCGCCCCCCAGGCCGAGCGACGUAUGCAGCAGGCCGCUCUGAAAGUCUCCCAGGGACGCUUGCUGUUCCUUUCCUGGAAUGCUGGAGGACUGUCCCAGGCCCUGUGGCAGGAAUUCUUGUUAACACUUGAAAAUAUGCCACCUGCCGAACGACCCCAGAUCGUGUGUGUUCAAGAAACUCAUUGGACGGACAAGGUGGCGCCACAAUUCCCCACUGCUACGUGGGAUGUGUACACCUCCCCGACCACAGACAACAAAUCUGCUGGGCUCCUGAUUCUCCUCAACAAGCAGACUACCCGUAACUGCAGAAUUGUUUACGCCGACCCACAACCGGGCAGGGUGCAACACCUGAGGAUACUCCACGACCAAUGGGCAGUUGACCUGCUGCACAUCUACCAAAAGCCGCACAACUCUCAUCCACUCGCCCUGCCAUCCUCCAAAACCAUUCGCUUAGCUGUCUGGGAGUGCAUUGGUAAGAUCCUGGCGGCUCUACCUGCCCGCAACACGGUGAUCAUGCUUGGAGAUUUUAAUACUCAGAUCAAGCCGUGUGCUGCAGCUGGCACCAGGAUCUGUUCAGGCACCAGCACGGGCACACAUCCGCCUGAUCAGGCACGGUUGCAGCAUCUUGUUGAGGACUUCUCCCUCCUACACCUCAACUCAUGGUGCAAGGCGGCUGGCCCCACGUACCAUCACAACAAAGGUGCUAGCCUCAUUGACCAUAUCAUCAUGCGUUCCAGCCAAGCGGAUGAUCGUGCCCGGCAGGCGAGACCUUUCCGCCUGGGACUGGCUGCAUGGAGACUUGGUGGAUAUCACCUACCACUGAAGGCCAGCGUCCCGCUUCAGCGCUUCCACACUCUUAACAAACCGGUGGCACCACAACGAGCAUGGGACCAUUGGGGCCUGAUUCAGGUUUGCCGCUCUACCUGGGAUCCGCGGGUUCAAAGUCUGCGUUCUGCUGUUCAGGCAUCCCUGCCUGGGGUCAAUGACCUUGGGCAACUGCAUGCCACUCUGAUCCACUGUGCAUCCCAAUUUUUCCCGCCGCCCGCAGGUCAGCACCGGCUGGCACUAUGGCAAACACCGCCUAUGCAGGAUGGUAUUCGCUCCAUGUGGCAGGCCUACCGAGCCUGGAAGACUGCCAAAGCUCAAGAUCAGCACAAUCCGCUUUAUGUCUCCAGGUGCUAUCAUCACUUCAAGACGGCACACAAGGCCUUUCGUCGUGCCGGGAAAGAAGCCAAGAAGCACUGGUUCCAUGGCAGGCUCCAGGAACUACAGGCUGCUGCCUGUUCGGGUGACUCCCGCAAGCUUUAUGCUGGCAUACGCACCCUAGCUCCCAAAUCCUCCAAGCCGAAGGUCCAAUUGCGAGAUUCUGGUGGACAUCUGCAAGACCCCAAGACCCAGCUUAAACAGCUGGAAACGAACUAUCGCAAAUUAUAUGCUGCAGAUGAGGAUACCAGCAUCCAGGGCCCCCAGCGGACGCCCAUUCACAUCGAAGUCACGGAGGCAGAAAUGACCCUGGCACUUUCGCAAUUGUCACCCCACAAAGCUACACCUCCGCAUCUAGCCACAAACUCUCUAUGGAGGCUGACCUCGGACCUUGUCGCGCCUCUCCUGUGCCAAUGGUGCCGGCAAUGGCCUCAAAUACCAGAGCUAUGGCGAAAUGCAUGGUUGACUCUUGUUCCCAAGAUUCCGCGACCACUAUCACCCAAGAAUCUCAGACCAAUAGGGUUAACUGAAUCCAGCGGCCGCGCAUAUGCUUCCAUACUACAGGCGAAAUUGCGCCCCUAUGCAGAGAGGUUCCUUGCGGAUCAGGCACAAUUUGCAUAUUUGCCAGGUCGCAAUGCUGCCCAAGCCAUACAUCGAGUUGCUGCACACUGCAAAUAUGUCCAGGAUCGCUGCUCGAUCUCAACACCCACGGUUGUCGAUCGUCACGCUCAACAGCCGAAACCCUGCCCACAUUUUGCAGGUGCACAACUAUCGCUGGACCUGUCCAGCGCUUUUGACCUCAUGGACUGGCGCCUGCUGGACAAGGCUUUACUUGCGUCCGAAGUUCCGGCUGAGUUAAGACACCAAAUCAUGUCCUGGCACUCUGAGAUCUCCUAUGUCCUUACCCACCUUGGGCACACUGCCAAGGUGGAGGCCCAAAGAGGACUUAGACAAGGGUGUAAACUGGCUCCGUUGCUCUGGACCCUUGCCCUGGCACAGAUAUAUCGUGAGCUUCUUGCCGAGGAGGACCCGCUCCUCACAGCACCUUGGCUAGAGCAAAGCUCCACGAUUUAUGCAGAUGAUAUACACCUCAAGGAUACCGUGCAGACCACUCGUGAGCUGGACGACAUGAUGUAUCGCUUUAGUAAGAUCCUCGAUGCUCUUGCCGCCCAUGGUAUGGUCAUCAACUCGGUCAAAUCAGCAUUGCUGCUGAGACACAAGGGAAGCUUCAUCAGAGGCUGGCUGCGCCGACACCUCAUACACAAACCCGAGGGAGACCUACUCCGCUUCCGUAGCCCCCUGGGAACGGUGUAUGAAAUUCCGUUGCGUGACCAUCACACGUACUUAGGCAUACGCAUCUCAUAUCAUUCCCAGGCCAAACAAGCAGUCACCUAUCGGCUACAGGCUGCGAACCAGGCAUGGCAAAGACUUCGUGGUGUACUGUGCUCCACCAGGCAUCUUGCUCAGACACAUCGUCUCAGUCUAUGGAAAUCCACAGUGCUUCCCACGCUGCUCUAUGGCAUAGCGGCAUCCAACCCAGGUGCCAAGGACAUCCAGCGUAUGCAGCACAUGAUGACCAAGCAGGUUCGAGCCAUCACCCGAUCCUUUGCACAUCUUCAGAAAGAAUCCACACAGAACCUCUUGCACAGAUGCACCCUGUCCACCAUCUUGGAGCAUCUGCAGAGGGAAGCCGCUGCCUUGCAUCGUAGCCUGAUCAGCCUGAGCACCCAAACGAGCUUCGUGACCCAAGCCCAGGUGGAAUCAGCUCGAGACACAGCCGCUACGCUCCACCUCCAAGUGCAACGACAAUGGCAGGUACCUCUCGGGGACACAGAGGGCAUCACUGACCCUGCAGUACACCAAUGCCAGGAAUGUCAUCGGGUCUUUACCUCCUUUCUCACGAGGCUAAGUGGCAUGGACUCAAAACACCUGCUGCUGUCCCGGUGCCUUUUGACAGGUAUGCACAUGGAACAGAAGGACUUCCAACGUGCAGACAUUGUGCCCAUCCCUUCCGACAAUGGGACGGCCUUGUCAAGCACAUCAAACGCAAUCGGUGUCAGGUACUCCGUAGACUUGCUACACAACCUCCUGCUGAUGCCCCACCCUUGGCUCCGAGCUCCAAUGAAUCUGAUCCUUUACCAGUCCUUGCCCCGGUUAUCCUGCCACCUCAGGACCCCUCUCAGGGGACCUACAUCCUGCAAGACGAUCAGGCUGCUAUGCCUCCUCUUACUCCUGCCGUUAUACCUGAACCCCCUGUCCUAG